UUUUAAGUCUGCACUUGUAUUCCAUCUGUAACGUGGAUUUUAUCAAUGUUUUUAGAGCAAAGCAGAAGAGGAGCAACAAUGGCUGCCUGGACAAGAGUUGUUCGUACAUUUACGAGGAAAUAUUCGUCUGCUUCUACUGAAGGAAGUACCCAUUCAAAGAAUGCUGAAAUCUUGUGGAAGAGGCUGUCGUUUUUCGUAGCCUUUCCAGCAAUAGGCCUGGCUAUGCUUAAUUCCUAUUUAAAUCAUCAGGCUCAUCAUCAUGACGAACGUCCAGAAUUCAUUCCGUAUGACCAUUUGAGAAUAAGAAAUAAGUCUUUCCCAUGGGGAGAUGGUAAUCACAGCCUCUUCCACAAUCGUAAAACAAAUCCUCUACCUGAUGGUUAUGAGGAAUAGAAUUUAAUACCAUUCGAUUCGUAAUGGUUAUAUCUAUCGUUAGCAUUCUGUAUAAUAUAUAUCCUGCUUUGUAUUGCCUUACAAACAAUUGAGUCAAUAAAUUGGUAAGGGAAUACAUCAA